CCAGGGCCAGGGACCCGCUCCUUCCGAGAGCUCAGACCUCUCGGCGGGGAUCGAGAGGACUCAGCGCGCUGGCGGCCGCCCCUGGCCUCGCUCCCGCUCGCGCUGCAGCCCAUCGCCGCGUCCCGGGCUCACACUCGGAGCGCACGGCUCGUGCCCCGGGCAGCGGCGUGUCCCGGGAGCCCCGAUCGCGGGGCAGGGCGCAGGGCGGCGGCCGGCUGGGGAUGGGCGGCCCGGCUGCGGCGCGGACCGGCGCCGGGGGGCUCCGCGCGCUGCUGCUGGCGCUGGUGGCCGCGGGGGUCCCGGCCGGCGCCUACAACCUCGACGCGCAGCGCCCCGUGCGCUUCCAGGGCCCCGCGGGCUCCUUCUUCGGCUACGCGGUGCUGGAGCACUUCCACGACAACACGCGCUGGGUCCUCGUGGGUGCACCGAAGGCAGAUUCUAAAUAUAGCACUUCAGUAAAGUCCCCUGGAGCUGUGUUUAAGUGUCGUGUCCAUACCAACCCAGACCGGAGAUGCACCGAGCUGGACAUGGCUCGAGGGAGGACUCGGGGUGCUCCCUGUGGGAAGACCUGCAGGGGAGAUCGGGAUGAUGAGUGGAUGGGCGUGAGCCUGGCCCGGCAGCCCAGAGCAGAUGGCCGUGUUUUGGCCUGUGCCCAUCGUUGGAAGAACAUCUACUACGAGACAGACCACAUCCUGCCCCAUGGAUUCUGCUACCUCAUCCCUUCCAACCUCCAGGCCAAAGGCAAAAUACUGAUCCCCUGCUACGAAGAGUAUAAGAAGAAGUAUGGGGAGGAACAUGGCUCCUGCCAGGCCGGAAUAGCAGGCUUCUUCACCGAGGAGCUGGUAGUCAUGGGUGCCCCAGGGUCGUUUUAUUGGGCUGGGACCCUCAAGGUGCUGAAUCUCACAGACAACACGUAUUUUAAGCUGAACGAUGAAGCGAUUAUGAACAGACGGUAUACUUAUCUGGGCUAUGCAGUGACGGCUGGCCAUUUCUCUCAUCCAUCCAUCACUGAUGUGGUAGGAGGUGCCCCACAGGAUGAAGGCAUUGGAAAGGUUUAUAUAUUUAGAGCUGACCGAAGAUCAGGGACCCUAAUAAAGAUCUUUCAGGCAUCGGGAAAAAAGAUGGGCUCCUACUUCGGCUCCUCCUUGUGUGCAGUCGACCUGAACAUGGACGGCCUCUCUGACCUGCUCGUGGGAGCCCCCAUGUUUUCUGAGAUCAGAGAUGAGGGGCAGGUCACUGUCUACCUCAACCAAGGACAUGGAGCCCUUGAGGAGCAGUUGACCUUGACCGGAGAUGCUGCCUACAACGCGCACUUUGGGGAGAGCAUCGCCAGCCUGGGUGACAUUGAUGAUGACGGGUUCCCUGAUGUGGCUGUUGGUGCGCCUGAGGAGGAGGACUUUGCUGGCGCAGUCUAUAUCUACCAUGGUGAUGCCAGUGGGAUUGUCCCCCAGUACUCAAUGAAGCUGUCUGGGAGGGAGAUAAACCCAACCCUGCGGAUGUUUGGGCAGUCCAUAUCAGGGGGCAUUGAUAUGGAUGGAAAUGGCUAUCCUGAUGUCACCGUCGGAGCCUUCCUGUCGGACAGCGUGGUUCUCCUCAGGGCCAGACCAGUCAUUACUGUGGAUGUCUCCAUCUUCCUGCCGGGCUCCAUCAACAUCACAGCACCUCAGUGUCAUGAUGGACAGCAGCCUGUGAACUGCCUGAACGUCACUGUGUGCUUCCGGUUCCGUGGCAAGAAUGUACCAGGAGAAAUCGGUCUGAACUACAAUCUGACAGCCGAUGUGGCACAGAAGGAGAAGGGCCAGUUGCCCAGAGUCUAUUUUGUGUUGCUGGGAGAGACUUCGGGGCAGGUCUCCGAGAGACUGCAGCUGACCCACAUGGACGAGAUGUGUCAUCACUAUGUGGUCCACGUCAAGCGGAGGGUCCAAGAUGUCAUCAGCCCCAUUGUGUUUGAAGCUGCCUACAGCCUGGGUGAGCAUGUGAUUGGUGCAGAAGACCGGGAGCUGCCAGACCUGACACCAGUGCUUCGCUGGAAGAAGGGACAAAGGAUCGCCCAGAAGAACCAGACAGUUUUUGAAAGGAAUUGCCGAUCCGAGGACUGUGCUGCCGACCUGCAGCUUCGUGGGAAACUGCUGCUUUCCAGUGUCGAUGAGAAGACCCCACACCUGGCUCUGGGAGCUGUGAAGAAUAUCUCUCUAAACAUCUCCAUCUCCAACCUUGGAGACGACGCCUAUGAUGCCAAUGUGUCCUUCAACGUCUCCAGGGAACUCUUCUUCAUCAACAUGUGGCAGAAGGAGGAGAUGGGCAUUUCCUGUGAGCUGCUGGAAUCGGACUUCCUCAAGUGCAGUGUGGGUUUUCCUUUCAUGAGGUCAAAGUCUAAGUACGAAUUCAGUGUCAUCUUUGAUACAAGCCACCUGUCGGGGGAAGAGGAAAUUCUCCGCUUCAUUGUGACUGCUCAGAGUGGCAACCUGGAGCGCUCUGAAGCCCAGCAUGACAACACGCUCACACUGACAGUGCCCCUGGUGCAUGAAGUGGACACGUCCAUCACUGGAAUUGUGUCCCCAACCUCCUUCGUGUACGGCGAGUCUGUGGACGCAUCCAACUUCAUUCAGCUGGGUGACCAGGAGUGUCAUUUCCAACCAGUCAACGUCACUCUCCAGGUCUACAACACGGGCCCCAGCACCCUUCCCGGGUCAUCUGUCAGCAUCUCCUUCCCCAGCCGGCUGUCACCUGGUGGCGCAGAGAUGUUUCAGGUCCAGGACAUGGUGGUGAGCCAAGAGAAGGGUAACUGCUCUCUACAAAGGAACCCAACCCCCUGCAUCAUCCCUCAAGAACAAGAGAACAUCUUCCACACCAUAUUUGCUUUUUUCUCCAAGUCCGGAAGGAAAGUGUUGGACUGUGAAAAGCCCGGGAGCUUCUGCCUUACAUUGCACUGCAACCUUAGCGCCCUCCCUAAAGAGGAGAGCCGCACCAUCGACCUGUACAUGCUACUGAACACAGAGAUACUGAAGAAGGACAGCUCCUCUGUCAUCCAGUUCAUGGCUCGAGCCAAGGUGAAGGUGGAGCCUGCUCUGAGAGUGGUGGAGAUAGCUAACGGGAACCCAGAAGAGACUCUGGUGGUCUUCGAGGCCUUGCAUAAUCUGGAACCCCGUGGCUACGUCGUGGGGUGGAUCAUCGCCAUCAGUUUGCUGGUGGGAAUCCUCAUUUUUCUGCUGCUGGCUGUGCUGCUGUGGAAGAUGGGCUUCUUCCGCAGAAGGUACAAAGAAAUCAUUGAAGCUGAGAAAAACCGGAAAGAGAAUGAAGAUGGUUGGGACUGGGUCCAGAAAAACCAGUGACCCGCCAUGCCAGUCAUGUGAUACCCUCAUGUCCCCAUCACCAGCCUGUGGUCCUUGAUCUUUGUAUCUUCCAUAUUUGGAAGAAAGAAAUCUUCUCCAGAUUUUUCGGAGGCCCCACUGAUGCUCUCUUCCUCAUCCUGUCAAGCCCGGUGCCGACCUGAGAUGGCCACCUCCAGCCAGCUCACAGGACUGGGGCCACCACCACUCCCCUUCACAAGAUGAACUCAGAACUUUGGAAAGACAAGCUACAGAGCAAAGCAAUAUUUAUGGAUACAACAUUGUGUGGUCAACCCUCAGGGGAAAACUGUUACCUAAAAGUAUUUUUUAUAAAUGUAAGCCUUUUAUAUUGAUCAUGUCUUUAUAUUUGUAUCAAUGUUUUAUUAUUUCUAUUAAAUAGUUCUAUAAUUCACUCAAGCACUGAAAUCUUGAAAAUACAUGUACCUGCAUACAAAUUUUAAAAGAGAAGGAACUUAUUCUACUUUGGAACUUGUUGUUAGGGAAGGAAAAAAAACUUUGCAGAUAAAACAAACUGAAGAAACUUCAUGAGAUGAAUCCACCAAGCUGGGGACACUGCAAGAGCACCAAGGAUAUGGCAAGCCACCUAAGACAUUUAUUCCCCAUUGUUACCACCUGGAGUCAAGUUCAGAGAGCUUGAAGUAUCUGUGUGUUCUCUUAUGGACCUCUCACUGGGAGAUUCUCAGCAGGGACUGGAAUGGAAAGCCUGGCUUCUCCCCCAGCAGAUGCUCUGUGCCACCCUAAUGCAUGCAGCAGGCACCGAACCCUCCUCUGGAGUCAGCAAGUGCUGGAUGGACAACUGGUCAACCUCGGAAUAGCAUCUCAUCCCAGAUAACAUGUGCCAGAGGUCAGAGCCCAGGACCGAAGCUGUGCUCUCUCAGCAAAGACCUGUGUCUCUGUGUGUAAGCUGUUAGCUUGUGGUAUAACGUUAGCACAAGGCUCUCCGUUUCCUCUGUCACUCUUGAUGUCCCCAACUGGUGGCACUGCAGAUACCUUUCCAGAAAGGGUCACCCCCUAUGGUUUGUGCUUUAUGCCUUAGGUGGAAUUCUCAAGCGUCAAGCCCUAUAGGACUUGGGUGUAAAUAAUUUAUUGAGGAAGUCUUCCCGGAAGGUAACAGUGAGAAAGUUGAGAAUAUAAGACAGGAGAGUGCAGGGAGCCAGGCAGCAGUGUCUCUUCAGGGGACAACCCAUGAGGUGGCUUCAGACCAGUUAGAUCUAGUGCGCAAGUCAGGCUCAGGACCUGGACUUUUGUGAUCCCACUCCUGCAGGGGAGAUAAGCUUUCUGCCCUUAGUUCUUGCUGACAAGAUGACUCGGUCCUCUAGAGGAGAACGUUGGGGGCACCCUCAAGUAAAGAGACCCAGAAAUCAUACAAAGAACUCUGAGCCAAGAGCUUUGGCACCUCCUCCCCCACACAAGGGAAUGCCACCUUCAGCUUUGUGUAACUAAAAUGGCCAUGAGUCUAAGCUGGUCCUAGAAGUCAGUCAUUGUAUCUGACCCGUGACCAAGUCAGACAUGGAGACAGUGGUCACUACAAGAAAGGAAGCCAGUGCACACCUGGCUCUUAAGUUUUAUCAAAAGAAAUAAGGGAAGAAGUCUUAGCUUUAGCAGCCAUGUGCAUCCUGAUCUGUGGGUCAGGCACUGCGCUGGAUGAUGGCGGAUCCCGAGAGCACAAUCACCUCGUGCCUCAGGGUGGUAAGCUCUCCCACAAUAGGUGUGGCGUGUGGAUUCUCAUGAACCCCAUUUGCAGAUGUCCUAUGACCAUCGUGAAUCAUGUCAUGGUUUCCUUUAAUAAAUCAUUUGAGAGUCUCGGGUGGUGAGACCACUACAGAACCAUCUGCAGUUAUAGCAUCCAUCCCCACUGGCUUACUUCCUGCAGCAGUGGAGAAGGAUGACUUCCUCCUUGCUCAGCUCAGCUAGCCUGCGGAGCUGCACCUGAGAAAGCAGGGAAGGCAGGAAGGGCAGACUCAUCUGGAAUCUGGUCCCUUGCGCCUGAUCUCAGAUGGUGAAACAUCUCGAAUAGUCAUGUGCUCAAAAGGUCACUACAACUUCAGGAGGCAGAUUGUAAGAAAACUAUGGUAGCUCUGGAAGCAAAUUCUAAAAAGGCACCAGAGGGGAGAGGAGGCCUCUUUGCCUGUCUGCUAAUGUUGAGAGGUAGGGGUCUAGCUGCCUUGUGCAGAAGCAAGGAAGGGGGUGGGACAUUGUCUUGGAAUUCUCUCAGCUGGGCAGUUCAGCAUCUCCAUUCCAGUCUUCUGCAGGAGAUCAGGAAAGGUGGGCAGGUGGGAUGAUGUGCCUGUGUUACCUCUUUCUAGAACAUUCUUCUAAAAAGCCCGUCGUGUCGCCCAUUGCAGCCUUCCUCUGCCUCUGAGUUCCUUCUGAAGACGUUUUCCAGGGCGCUGUCAUGUGUCUUUUCUUCAGUUGCGUCUUUGGGUUUAACCAGCUCAAGAAAGACUAGAGCAUCCACAAAGUGAGCCCUGCCACAGAGAGGCUAUGAUGAAAUGUAGACACACAAGAACAUUAGCAGGAGGGACGUGUGGAGCCGGUCGAUCGACCAGUGCACACCCUGCGUCCUGUCACUGUGACUCAGGCAGUGCUUUGGCAGGCUGCAUGAAGUCGUCCAUUCAUCCUUGUGCCCCACCACUCAACCCCCAUGCACUAAAUACUGCAUGGCCUACUAAAGCCAAAGGCAAAUGGAUUCUCAAUAAAUAGCAUACUGUUGGGACACCCCAGUGGCCAGUGACCCCUGUUGUGUGCUACCUGUUGAGCCCCAGUGUGGCAGGUGUGGAAAUGUUAUUCACAUUUAUUUAAGGAUGAGACAGCUUUAUACCUGAUUAGCUGGGAAACAUAAACUAGGAAAGGGAUGCCCAAUGUCAACUUCCUGAGAUUUAGAGGCACUACAAAGCAUUGUCAUUUGAUGCAGCUCAGUGACAGAGUGCUUGCCUGACACAGGGAAAGCACUGGGUUCAUUUUCUAGUACCCCACAAAUAGGUUCAUUCCCAGUACCCUCCCUCCCCCAAAAUAGCACUUGGGGGAACCAUCCCGUUGGUAAACAAAAGGCAGAAACUGAAUAUUCUCCGAAUGAUUUCCUGGAGUACACAGAAUUGCAAUCGAUGUGGGUUUGGAUGGAGGAGUAUAUGUUCUAUAAUAACUGAAGGGAGGCUGCAGAACCCUGGGGCCGAGUGAGCCUUCUAGAAUGUCUGCUCGAAGGGAGUGGAGAGUAAGUCCCCAAGGUGCCAUGCUCUCAAUGGCUGAUGUGCAUUUCAGACUAUAAUGUGUUUGGUUUGCUUUGUUUGAUCCUGACGUGCACAGUGUGAUUGGCGGUGUGGGUUUAAGCUUUCUGAGUGAUUUGUUGCUGUGGCAGGCAUCUCUGCUCCCUGCAUGUCUGCAGCUUUCCUGAGGCACAUGUACACGCACACACACACACACACACAGCCCGGGAGGAUUUGGAGAGGGAGGGCUGCCCUUUCUCACUGUGUCUUGUGAACUCAUGUCUAUUUCUGCAGUCACUUCUGAAUCACUUGCACUGUUUGAGGAGAUGCCAGGUUUACAAAAUUAAGUUUGGAAUAAAACAAAAUAUGGCUUCAAAUGA